AAAAAAAAAAUCUUUCCUCAUACAUAUCUUCCUCUCUUUCAAAUAUAUCACAAAUUCCAUCUUUCUGAAACCAAAUCAAACAAUUCUCUAAUAUAUCAGAAUUUAGUUGAGGAAAAAAAAUGGAGCAAAAUUUGCCAGUUAUAGCAAAGAAAUUCUGGAACAUAGUGCGAAUAGCUUUCUUCAUGCUGAGAAAAGGGAUCUCAAAGAGAAAAUUAAUGCUCGAUCUCAACUUACUGAUGAAGCGUGGAAAAAUUGCUAGCAAAGCCGCAUUUCAUAAUCUCAUGUUCCACCACACGCACCAAUGGUCUUCGUCUUCCUCAUCAGCUUCUUCUUCAACCCCUGAAUCCGUGUGUGUACGCGCUCCAUCAGGCGAGUAUGAGUUCAGUUGCAGUAACAGCCCAGCGUACCCAGCUUUUCACUUUCCAUUCAACUUCAACAAGCGCGGCAAGCACCACGCUCAUCUCUUUCCGUGUGCUCACGCGCCAGCCACCGAGGACGACGAUGUUGUGGUGAUGAAUGCCGCUGUGAUGAAGGCUUUGGAAUUGCUUCAGAGUGCUAAUGCGUCGCCGGCGAAUAACUUGCCCGGAUUUGGAAGGACUCCCACGGUGAGGCAAUUGAGGAUAACCGACUCUCCUUUUCCACUUAAAGAUGUUGAAGAAGAUAGUCAAGUUGAUGAAGCUGCUGAGAAAUUUAUUUCCAAAUUUUAUAGGGAUUUGAUGAGGCAAGCUUCGCCUGGUGGUGCUUAAUGAAAUUGGAAUAAUUAUAUUAAGCGAGAGCUCUCUCUGAUCUUUGUCAGUAUAUAAAUAUUUCUAUUUUUAUUGGGAAUUUGAUUCAUGUGGCGGAGAUGGUGGCCAAUGUAAUAACAAACAACAAUGCACGAACUUUCAGUGUUGUAAGUUGGAAAGAAGAAGAUUGGGAGCUAUGAAGAUUCUAUAUGCUUUUAUUGCAUGUAUAAAUUUCUGCUUUCAUGGGAGUUUUUUGUUUUGUUUUUUCACCUUAUGGGGCAUUUUGGAAAUUUUUCAAAAUAAAAAAAUAAAAAAUGUAGUCCUACUAUAGUAUAUAGUUGUGAUGAAAUUUUGUCAUUAUUUUUUUAAAUUGUAAUGCAA